AUGAGAUCGGAUUAGAGUCAGUUGUACGUAAUAACGACCGAGUGCGAAACACAGCAGAUGGUACUGUUCGCGAUGCGAAGAAAACAACGACUAUUCCAUUCGGAAUUGUAGUAUAGUCGACACACUCUCUUUUACACUGACAAGAGAAAACGACAAUCGAUCCAAUUACGUUCCACGUUUUAGCGGAACGCUACAUUCGGUAUAUCACGGAAUUUGCGUGCUAUCAAAAAUAUGGCGGAGGGAACGAUGCCGACGGAUGUGAGAUCCAAGAUGCAGAACUUGAUCCGAGAGUUUGAAAUGCACGCGAGUCUUGCGUCAAUCAAGGGCGAAAGUACGUUUUUGAAGUCGUCGACUUCGAGCGGCAGCAACGUCAAGAAGAAAAUCGAGAUCUUUAACUUGUUGAGCGCACAAUCAUCUAUGAAAGAUGUUAAGAUGCAACCAGAAAAGAGCUUUUCGAGUCCCGCAGUAUGUGGCAAGCCCAGCAGCAAUCCAUGUGGUUGGGACAAAUCCGAGGUAUCUUCUUCUUUACCUUCUGUCUUCAAGAAAACGCACGACUUUGAAAAUGUCAGUCAUUAUCGCUCGAAGAACAACGAGAAAACGGAUCUGAAAAGAUGGUGGGGAAUCACGAACAUGUACAAUUCUCUGAACAAGCUGACGAGAGCUUCGUCGAGGUUUCUAAAGAGACGUGAUAAAACUACCAAGACGAAAGACAAAGUUUCCGGCAAUUCCUUGGAAAACGAUGACAGCGAUGAUACAUGGAAGAGUGAGGCGAUUGACAUAUUAUUAUUGAAUCGCUCGCGAGUAUCGUGCAAUUCCACUAAUAGCAGCUACACCAAUUUAGAGAUCGAUAUAUUUGACUUUGAGAACGAAGAACGACGGCCCGACGGUUUCUCGAGUUAUUUCAAGUCAUCGCGCGACAACACAUUUAACGAACGUGACUUCGACAGCUUGCUGAACUCAUCUGCUUAUAGUGAAGCCAUCAAGGAAGAUUCAAAGAUUGAAACAUCGCCGGAGCCGAUGACUACUUCGCCAAUCGAACGAAAGCUUUCGACGAAAGAUGACGAAGAUACAUUCUGGACGCCAACGCGAGACACGAAGUUAUCGCAACGAAAAUCAAUCGGGAAGCUGCUUUCGAUGGUUGGCAGCAAAUUGAAAACUAUCGGAACAAAGUCACCGAAGAAAGAAGAGCGGCAAUGUACGUAUUCCGAUUCGGGAUGCGAACAGUCCUUGUCUCGGACCGAUUUGAACUGUUCGUCUUUAUCGCAAAAGUCGCGCUCGUUCGCCGAUCUCAAUUCCGUGGACAAGGAACCGUUGGCACUUUCGACGCCGACCUUCACAACUUUCGGUCACGCCUAUAGGCAUCACGCCAGCAGGAAGUUGGACGAACAUCCUGGAACGACGUUCGCCGAAGUAUCCUGCGAGGAAGUUUCUCACCGGCAAUUUGAAACUUCCCGUUCUGAGUUUCUGGAUGAUCACACGCCGAAGCGAUCAACUUCCAUCGAAAAACGCAAAGUGCACUUUACGAGCAAUGCUGUUUCGAUACCCGGAACUGGAGAAAACCAUCAUUACCGCAUCGACUUACCGCAGAAGUUCUCCGAUGAACAUCCGUCGUUUCCUCCGAAUCCUCCGUCGGAGGAUGUGUCUCGAUUACGAAAAAGAAGAAUCUCCAAACAGUUCGUUGCGUUCGAAGAAAACGAUCAAACGGGAGACGAAGCGUUGUCAACGGAGGAAGAAGACGACGUAGAAGCAUCGCUCGAUUGUGAGUCAUCAGUAUCGCCUGUACUUUCGCCUCCUCCACUUGCGACGUUUGACAUUUUGAAGAGCGAGAUGCACAGAAGGACUUCGUCACCGAAGAGCAAAGAUUUCCAGAUAGAAGACUCAACAAACGAGUAUAAAAAUGAAACAAUUCAGAAAAUCUUAUCAUUUCUUCAUCGGAAAAUAUCGCCUGGGGAUGCAUCCGAUAAGAUAUUCAGACUGGAUCCCUCGUUCUCCGCUUUUGCUAACUUGUAUCAACAGAGCGAACCUCACCGUUACGCCACCGUGAAUCCGAACAACUUAAAUUUCUUCAUGUCUUCGAAGAAAUUGCAAGAAAUGGCAACGAAUUGUAACGAAAUGAAAAGUUACUAAAAGCAUAAAAAAAAGCAAAACUUAACUAGGACAAAUAGGUCUUUUUUUAAACAAAGUUUGAGAGAUUUUUAUUAAAGAGAAACGUAAUGCGACGAUAUAACUUAUGUAUAAGUGUAUUUUUGCAAAUUUUAUCGAAAAAAAAACAUAAUCACUUUACUUCACUGCAAGUUUAUUGUAAAUAUUGCGCGCGGAUUUUACAAAUGGCGUCACACGCGAUAUGGUUUGAGUUUUUUUGAAAACGUUACAUUAGGAUUUUAGAAUUUUAUUUAAGGUUUUGUUUUUCUUUUUUUUUUUUUUUUGUACAAAGGUCAUCAAUGUCUCCACAUUUACUAGAUCUAGAGUUACUUCAUAUUUUCAAUCAAAUAUUUCAUAUUAGAAGUGCGUGUUGUUUUUUUAUUGCGUAGAAUUAUUGAAAUACUCGUAAUUAGAAUGAUGCACGAGUCAUGUUGCGUAAAAAAUUCUACAUAUAACGCGUCUAAUUCAAAAUAUCGAGUGUUUCCAGAUCCAGCAAAAAUACAAAGACAUUGAUGCCGGCCUCUGUAUACUAUAAAAAAAAAAAAAAAAAAAAUUUAUCUGACAUUCGCGAACACUUCCUGCCAUUUGUCUCUUUCUCGAUAAAAUUUGUACCUUUCAAGUCUAUGAUCGCAAUAUCGCAAGGAAUUUCGUUCAUUUCUCACGAAAUGAUACACGAAGAUUCGUUUGAAAAGAUUUUUUUUUUUACUAAUAUAUUACGCAAAAGAAAUAGAAAGCGAUAUUAUGAUUUAUCUCCCGUGACGAAGAUACGAUCCUCGAGUCCCUCAUAUUUCUCGCGGAAAUAUCAAAGGAGAUCUCGAGUGGCAUCGAGCGGAUUGCCAUUUACACAACAAUAGCAAUUUUUGACACACAGAAACCCGUUCGACAUAGAACAACGUGUAUUAUAAGUGUUGUAUAUCGUUUAUGUAAGAGACAAGUGACAUUCUGACUACAUUAUUGCAUACGUAUGAUUGUGCAAGUGAUAACGCGAACAGACUUAGAUGUAUAAAUUGUAUAAAUAGAUAAGAAUUUUUUUUGAACACUUCUGGAGAAUCUUUGUAUUCGAAUUACGACGUCAGAAGCGAGAAAUCGCGCGAAUGUUCGUCUCGCGGCUUACAUUGAAAUAAAUUGGUUCUUUCACGCGUCACCAUCGAUAUUUGAAAGCUCACAGUGGCGAGGUCCGUCGAAAAAUUCCUUUUCGAUUCAGGCUACUAAAUAUUUAUAAAUCUCGGAUCAAUUGUCAUAAGGUUUAUUGUCGCUGAAAACUUACAACGUCAAACGUAGAUUGAAUUAUAUACGCAUUUAUCGCUGCCGGAAAACGAGAAAAAGAAGAAUUCGGCGAAUGUUUUUCAAUGUAAGCUUUCGAACGUUCAUGGUGGCAUGUGAAAAAAAAAAACCCGUUUCAUUUCUCGAUGUAAGUUGCAAGACGAAAAUUGAUACAACCUCUCGCUUCUGACGUCACAAUUCGAACACAUCUACAGAAGCACCUAGAAGCCUUGAGAGAUAUCCUGCUUUUUCCAUUUCCCGUUUCCUCAACACAGUUAUGUAUUAUUUUUAGUAAAUAAAAAUUUUGUAUAUUAUCACACUCUUUAUGUUAUAAAAAAAUCA